GUGCCGCAAACGAACGGCGCACGCGUGAACCGUGCUUGUUAUUUAAUCGACGAGUGUUUAUUUACGUUCAGUUUAAAGUAGGAUCUCGUAGGUGUUCUACGAGGUUUAAAAAAUAAUUCGAGAAGUGGAUGAUUUAAAAAAGUGGUGAUUCUUGUCUCUGUGUCGGUAGGAUAUCAGUGGCGCCGGCCGAAAAUUUUCGUGAAAAGCCAUCGUGUGUGCGAUGGUAUGCGGCGCGCGCUGCUCGCGUGGCUCGUGCGGGCGCUGGCGCUCGCGCUGCUGCCGCCGGCGAGCGCCGACGUCGUGUUCCGAGUACCGGAAGUGAUGGUGCGUCCCAUCUCCGGUGCCAAGUCCGUAGGUAUCGGGCCAUCCAACGUUAGCCGCGCCAACGCGUCGGAGCGCUGGGGCGAGCCGGAUGUUGUGGUGCAGUAUGAGGAGUACUUCGUGGAGCACGACGUCUCUACGGCCGACGCUCGAAAAGCCGCCGCUUUACUCAAGCUGGAUAACAUUCCAGCUACAAUAGUUGGCUGUGGUGUUUGCUCGCAGCGCGACAUGGAGUACUGCGAGACUCGCGUGCUGGCCGACCACUGCUGCUGCGAGCGGCAGUUCAUCCCGGAGCCGUUCCCGUGGCUGCCGCACACGUGCUACGUGGGCCCGCACCGCUGCCGCCCGCUGGCGCACGACUGCGUGCGCUACGUGCGCCUCAGGGACUGCUGCUGCUAUAAGAAGCUCGCUGAGCGAUGGAAGAGCAUUCUGUCGAAGUCGUCUCGCCUCCGCGCGGGCGGGGCGGCUCUGCUGCUGUGGGUGCUGCUGCUGCUGUGACCGC